CGGGCCUCUGCUCAGGGACUCGUGUUUCCCUUGAAAGAUCAUGUACAUAAUAGACUGAUGUUAUUAUUUUUAAAAAAUAAAUAAAAAAAUCUGACCUGAACUUUAUCCUUCCCUUGCUUAAAUGAUCAAUUGGUAAAAAACCCCGAAGUCUACAAGUAACUUGCAACUCGCACCAAAGGCGAAGCAGUGACCAGCGUAGCCGAACUGUAUUUGGUAAACUUUCUUACGUUUAUGUAGUUCCCGGCUCCCUAUAGUGUCUUUAGUGAUACCCGAGUUGGUUUCUUUUCCUGAGAUAGUGCAGUGAUGUUCCUCCUGAAGCUGCGUUUCGUUUGAGGUCUUCACCAGAGUUUACAUAACACCGGUACUAGAAAGUGUCUAUUUCUGAAUUGUUUGUAUAUUUAACCAGUGUUGUGACAAAUGGUUUUCAUUAGAAAGUAAGCUUCCUGUCCUUCCUUUCUCCCACAAACUAAAUACAUUUUUCCUGAAAGCAGCACAAACUAAGGAAUGGUAAACACCUAAGAGGCUUUGUGCUUCACACUUCUGGAGUCAGAAUUUGUCUGGGUUUGAAUUUGAACAGAUGCCUAGAAAUUGGAAUAACCUUCAUAUUUCUUGAAAAAGAAGUAAUAAUGCAGCAAAGGCAGGGAAGAGUCAAUGCUGGACUGCUUUUGUUGCUCUAUCAGAUUUCUCAAGUUGGACUCCAGAACAUUCCUGCUGUUACCCUUGGGGUACUUGUACUGAAUAUUUUUCUCUUUCUGAAUCCUGUGAGGCCACUGUCUGAAGUGUGCAUCAGUGUACAUGAAGGCUUCUACAGAAAGAACUGGCAACGUUUACUGCUUUCUCCUGUCCACCAUGCAGAUGACUGGCAUUUGUAUUAUAACAUGAUUUCCAUGCUAUGGAAAGGGAUAAUGCUGGAAAAAAAGCUUAGGAGCAUAUGGUUUGCAUACAUAAUUGCAGUAUUUUCAGUGUUGAUUGGAGUUGUUUAUAUGGUGCUGGAAUUCAUGCUUGUGAAAAUUCUGGAUGAUCCUUCAUAUGAAAUGAAUUGUGCUGUAGGUUUUUCAGGAGUCCUGUUUGCUUUGAAAGUUCUUAACAACCAUUACAAUCCAGGAAGAGUUAGCAGUGUCCUUGGAUUGCAGAUAGCCAGUAAAUAUGCUUGUUGGGUGGAGCUGGUGGCUAUUCAUCUGAUCUCCCCAGGGACUUCCUUUGCUGGGCAUCUGUCAGGGAUUCUUGUUGGAUUGAUGUACACUAUGGGACCUCUGAAAAAGAUCAUGAAAGUCUGUGCAGAUUUAGGUGGCUUUUCUUCAUUCACUGACCCUGCCAGGCCAAGAGACUACUAUUCAGAGUAUUAUGGCUAUUCAGGUUAUCAAUACAGAUCACCGAGGAGCUAUUAUGAUUAUACAGGUGGACUUUCUGAAGAAGAACAGCUUGAAAGGGCAGUGCUGAACAGUCUGAAUGAAAGAGGUGUCCAUGGAACAAGUUACCGUAAUGAGCGGCGACCUUAUGGUUUUUGGUUUCCACAUGAUUCAGAGGAGGAAAUAAGAAGGCAAAGGCUUCGUAGGUUUGAGACAUGAUGAAACUGUCAGGUUUUGAUGUAAUUUAUUAAGUGCUAUUCAGAGUAACCAAAAUAUUUGCAGAUUUGUAAUAUUUUUCCAGUUUUUUACUACUAGUUGCAAAACUGCAGAGGGUUUUCUGAGUUCAGGCUGAAAACUGCAACUUGCAUAAAGAGUGAGAGAUAGGAAUCUAAAUGUGAUCUUUGGCAGUCUCCAUCUUAAUGCACCUUAAAUAUGGAAGAAAACUGAUGGUUUAGCAAACUGUCUUUUUUCCUGAGUUCUUUUGUGUAGCUUCAAGUAUUCCUUGGCUUUUUCACUGCUGGUGUUCUCAGACAGCAGGUUUUCUUCAUCAAAUAUGAAAAAAACAUAACUUUUUAAUGCAAUUGUAAAACCCUGCAGUUUUUCAUUACAUACUUGUCUCUGUUUACCUAUGAUGACCAACAGUUCUGGGACUGGCAUGUGAAAUCUCACUCAAAUAGUGCUUGGAAUGACAACACCUAGAUCACAUGGCUCCAGGUCUAAGCUUUUGAGCUCCUCACCCUGAGGAGUUAUUUCAUGCAACCUGUAGUGUUGCAGUCUUCCUUAAAACAUGCCACUUCAUUUAGAGCUUGUGUGUGAUAAGAAUUAGUUAUAACAAACUGCCCAGUGGCUGCCUGUCACACAGUGGCUGUCCUGCCUGUGGCACAUAUGCCUGUUCAGUAAUGUUAACUAAUGAACCUGAAGGUCUUUUGUUCUAGUAUCACUCAAAAAUUACUCAUUGCCUGGGUUCUUCUUCCUCUAAUAAAAGUAGUUCUUCUGAAGCUGGGGACACUUCUCAGUAACAAUUUUCAGCACCAAAGAGGUAUGACUGCAUGAAAAUAAACUGAUUAUUGCUUUUUGGCUCAGAACUGUUCAAGUGUCUUCAGUACUACUUUAGUAGAGCACUAGGAUGAGCAAUUUAAUGGUUUCUUUUCAGGUACAUGUGAUCACCAGUCAGUGCUUUAUGAAGUCUACUCCUCUGUGGAGUUAGAGUUCUAAUGUAAAAACAGUGCUCUAUUUUUCAUAGAGAAAAAUGUCUUGAAACUAUUUUUUAGUAUAUUUUUUUAAGUAAAGCUUUUGGUUGCAACUAAGCUUUUGCUUGCUGAAAAAUGCACAGUCUGUUCUUUGUCUCCUGUGCCAUUCUCACUUUCACCUUCUUACACCUAGUGUUGAUUUUUUUAUUAUUUUUUUUUUGGUCAGGAAGCGACAUUAUGUUGUUAGACCAAAUAUGUGGCUCAAGGUUCCAAGAGCCAAAAGACAGGACAUGACUUUGAGUGUGCUCCUUCAGGUAGUGUGAGAAUGCUGCUGGUGUUCUGCAGGGUCUUUUCUGGCUCAUACUGAGGCAGAACAUAAGGAAUGCUGAUAUUUGUUGUGUUCUGGGUCUUGGUUGCUUUUCAACAUAUGUAGUAGCCAUAGAAUAAAAGAGCAGAUACUCUUAAUUGACUUUUCUUUGCUCACUAAAACUAUGUAUCAAAAACCUGCUUACAGUUUGCGUAAUUUUCUCAGUGGGUAAUAAUUAUAUGUAAAUGGGAAGGAAGUAGUGUUGGUUCCUCAGGCUAAUCUCUCUUAAGGCUCUGGUCAGAAUUUCAAUGUAAUUUACUAUAUCUGUUAAACUCUUCAAUUAUUUAAAACCACUGGAUUAGCUACUAGUCAGUUGAAAACGUACAUAAGUAAAAUUAAAUAUUUCAAUUUUAAACACUUUUUUGUAAAGUGAUGUUAGAAAUACUUGCUAUUAAAUAUUCAGAUAUUAAUGUUAAGCUGUUUUGACUUUUUGUAUAAAAAAUUGAAAUAAAUUAUUUUUUACAUUUUAA